AUGAGCAGUGAAACUCCGCAAUCUAGCCACGCGUCUCGGGCAGGGAUUCCUGAGGGACAAAAACAGGCUCUACGCGCCUGGGCCCGUUCGCAAGAGUCUCGUCCAACACAUGCAGCCAGCGUCGCCUGGUUUGAGCAGACCUAUGGUCGACGCCUCCCUCAAUCCAGUGUCUCCGUGAUCUUGUCUUCAAAGUACGAGUAUCUUGACACAGGACCAGCAACGGGCGCUUUUCGUCAACAACCCCCACAAUGGCCUCUCCUAGAGGAGCGUUUAUUUGUAUGGUUGAAAAGAGCCCGUGAAACUGGUGAAUUAUCUACGGGUGACGCUAUCUGCGACAAAGCCCGCGAGAUCUGGCCCCGAAUCACUGAAUAUACUAACCGCAAUCCGCCUGCCUUCAGCCACGGUUGGCUAGCAAAAUUCAGGAAGCGUUUUGAAGCCUAUCAAGCUAGAGGCCAACAGGACGGCGUUGUCCCAGCGCCUCCUAAGAACCAGCGCAAGGAGCUGCAGGCACUGCGCACCCUAUCUGGGGAGUUCAAUGAAGAGAAUGUUUAUAAUGUCGACGAGACUGGUCUACUGUGGCGCAAAGCCCCUUUUGAUACUCUGCCUUGUGCCCCCAGUGAACUCAAAAAAGAUCGGGCGCAUGUCUGUUUGAUUCUGUGUACCAACGCCACUGGAUCCGAUCGGAUUCCACUCUGGGUGGUUGGCCAUAAGGAGAUGCCCGAGGCUCUCCGUGGUGUCAAUCUCAAAGCCAUGAAUUGUGAAUGGCGCCACAAUAGACAAGCUUGGGUGGAUGUUCAAAUCAUGUCAGAAUGGUUGACCAUGUUUUAUGAACAUGUCGGCUCGCGGCGGGUUGUCCUGCUCCUGGACAAUAAGCUUGCCCAUCAAGCUGCUGUGGAGACCACACCCCCACCAGGCAACGUGCACGUCCAACUCUUCCCCGAGAACACUACAAAUAAACACCAGCCUCUACGACUCGGAAUCACCCAGCAGCUCAAACAUCAUUACCGCAAACAAUGGCUUGGGUAUAUGGCGACAACCUACGAGUCUGGCCAGAACCCGGUGGAGAUGAUCAGUCUUUAUCACACUCUCUGCUGGAUCACUCGCAAUUGGCGACACGACAUCGUGAACGCGACCAUCUACAAGGCUUUCCGCAAAACCCACCUUGUUGAGCCGCAAGCCGACUACCUCACCGCACCAAAGCCGCCAGAUAUGACUGAGCUCUAUGAAAAGGUUAUUCGUUACAACCAAAGUGGAAUCUCUACGAAAAGUCUUGAAGCGUGGCUGAAUUCCAGCGAGGAAGAGUUCGUCGGGACUAUGGACGAGACGCUUCGUCGGAACCUGCACUUAGAUACAUCCAUCCUCGAUGAAUCGGUUAAUCCUCUGCCGCCAUAUGAACUGAUCCCUGCAGCUGCAGAUGCUAUCACGGGACUUCAGACAGCAAUUCGUUAUAUGCUCAACCAGUCUACAACCACUGCGAACGACAUCCUGUACCUGGAAACAAUGGAGAAGAUUUUGGACCGGAAGGUCCGCAAUGAGUUUCUCCAGCAGCAGAAUCAAAUCCCAACUCAAGCAGCUCCUCAGCCAUUGACCCAAACAACUGCCGCCAUCCCUGCUCCAUCGUCUGCACCAAUGUCGGCUCAAUCAUCAACUCACCCAUUUGCUCAACAAUCGUCUGCAUCACCGGCGCGGCCUUUUGCUCAAUCGCAUUCUCAACCCCACCGCCCGCCCGUUAGACCGGCGACCCAGGCACCCUUGCCACCAGGUCAACAGCCAUCACUGUUUACCACAAGCACCACCCAACCCCCAUCAUUGUUUUCUCAAUACACAGCCCAGCCAUCAAUGCAAACACCGACUCAACAUCUCGGCCGACCAUCAUUUUUCCCCCACCAGUAUCCGAAUCAGGUCUCAACCCAAUCAUCUACACCGGUAACAAAUCACUCACCCGUUCCAUCCUUAUUCCCGGCAUCGCGGUCUCCACGCGCAGGUAUUCGGCCAGCAGGUGUGGCACCGAUUCACGUUCAAUCUGGAUCCUCAUCUGCGGCAUCAACUCCAGCGCCGGGCACGGGUCCAUCGAUGUUUCAGGCACGUGCGCCGUCUGAGGAAGGGUCUUACCAUCCAUCUGAGGACGAGCUUUCGGAUGAUGCAAUGGAGAUUUAA